UCUCCGCCGCUGCAGUCGCCUCCUCAUCGGGCCAGACUGCAGAACACACGGGGCGAGCAUAGGUGCUCACUAGGGGGGGGCUCAAACAUGGUGAAAAUAACCACAGUGAAGACCAAGCCGUACACGGACCAGAAGCCCGGGACGAGCGGGCUGAGGAAGCGGGUCACGGUGUUCCAGCAGAACCAGCACUACGCGGAGAACUUCAUCCAGAGCAUUAUCUCUGUCAUCGAGCCCGCCGAGCGCCAGGCGGCCUCUCUGGUGGUGGGAGGAGAUGGCAGGUUUUUCAUGAAAGACGCGAUUCAGUUGAUCGUCCAGAUUGCUGCUGCCAACGGGAUUGGCCAUCUGGUGAUUGGUCAGAAUGGCAUCAUGUCCACCCCAGCAGUCUCCUGUGUGAUCCGCAAGAUAAAGGCAGUGGGGGGCAUUAUCCUCACAGCCAGCCACAACCCUGGAGGCCCCAAUGGAGACUUUGGCAUUAAGUACAACAUCUCCAGUGGAGGACCUGCUCCAGAGGGCAUCACAAACAAAAUAUUUGACAUCAGCAAAAGCCUGCAGGAGUAUCACAUCUGCCCAGAGCUGAAAGUGGAUCUGUCCAAAAUCGGCAAACAGACCUUUGAAGUAGAAACUUUCAAGCCCUUCACAGUGGAGAUUGUGGACUCUGUGGAGGCCUAUGCUGAGAUGCUAAGGGGCAUCUUUAAUUUUGCUGCACUAAAGGAGCUUCUCUCUGGAGCCAGCCACAUUAACGUCCGCCUGGAUGCUAUGCACGGAGUGGUUGGUCCUUAUGUGAAGAAGAUAGUCUGUGAAGAGCUGGGUUCUCCUGCCAACUCUGCAGUCAACUGUGUCCCCAAGGAGGACUUCGGGGGCCACCACCCUGACCCCAACUUGACUUACGCUGCCGACCUGGUCAACACCAUGAAAGGAGGAGAAUAUGACUUUGGAGCCGCCUUUGAUGGUGAUGGUGAUCGUAACAUGGUUCUGGGUAAACACGGCUUUUUCGUGAACCCCUCAGACUCCGUGGCUGUCAUCGCUGCCAACAUUACCAGCAUCCCUUACUUCCAGAAGACUGGUGUCAAAGGAUUGGCCCGCAGUAUGCCGACCAGUGGAGCCCUGGACAAUGUGGCUAAAACUCUGCAGAUGCAGCUGUACGAGACUCCAACUGGCUGGAAGUUCUUUGGGAAUCUGAUGGAUGCUGGCAAACUUUCACUGUGCGGAGAGGAGAGCUUCGGCACAGGCUCUGAUCAUAUCCGUGAGAAGGACGGCUUGUGGGCGGUGCUCGCAUGGUUGUCAAUCUUAGCCACCAGGAAACAGAGCGUGGAAGACAUCAUGAAGGAUCACUGGCAGAAGUUUGGCAGGAACUUCUUCACCAGGUACGACUAUGAGGAGGUCGACUCAGACGCUGCCAACAAGAUGAUUAAGGAUCUGGAGAAGGCAAUGUUCGACCCAUCCUUCGUAGGCAAGAAGUUCUCCUCGGGUGAUAAGACUUACGAGGUGGCUAUCUCCGACAACUUUGCCUACACAGACCCUGUGGAUGGAAGUGUGUCCAAAAACCAGGGCCUCAGGAUCAUCUUCUCUGAUGGUUCUAGGAUUAUUUUCCGUCUCAGCGGUACAGGCAGCGCGGGAGCAACCAUCAGGCUCUACAUAGACAGCUAUGAGAAGGACCCCCAGAAGAUUUACCAGGAUCCACAGGUGAUGCUGGCCCCCCUGGUAGACAUCGCCCUGAAGGUCUCUCAGCUCCACGAGACGACUGGACGCACUGGCCCCACUGUGAUCACAUGAUUCCUCUGCCACACUGCCUCCACUCACCCUCAGCAACAGGAUACCUCCGCUCUCUCGGGGGUGAAGCUGCCCUUGAAUGCUGUUCUGGCUUCAGUUCCUGGCCCUCUUUUAAACAGAACUGGAUGAAAAACUGAAACUCAACUUGCAGGCUGAAUACAAGAAAAUACAUGAGGAGCUCUUGAUUUAUCCUAAACUGAAAGUUAACCACUGCCACUGUUGAGUGUUUCCCUAAAACAUUGGAGAAAAUCUGCCUGAGGAGUGACCUGCCAGACAUAAAGACACUGUCACAUGCUCAUACAAAUUUGUGAAAAAAGAUUAGGCAUUAGAAACAAGGGAUCUUCUGUCAAUGUGAAUUAAGGGAAACACAAUUUAAAGAUUCAAAAGUGGACUGAACAACUUAAAUUGAAUGUGCCUCAUGUAAUUUCAGAAACCAUGUUUAUUUUAUUGUCCAGAUCUGUUCCUGAACGAUAUCAUUAAAAGGAGAAACUGCCAAACUGACCAUAAAUCAGCAAUUUGGGGCAACCUCACCUCACAUUUCCCUCACUGACCUGGUGCCUUCCCCUUCCCUCCUGCUCUCCAAAACCACCAGUAUAGCCUCUUGACCUGAACCAUAAACCACAGCUAAAGCCUUGACAAUUAACACAUCCACCAUUAAUAAAAGAACCUUACAUAAAAGAA